UCACAGGGGACAGUUCAGUAAACAACACAGAUGAACGACUGCAUGUCCUUGGCACCUCCAACUUCAGGUGUCUGCAGGAAGCUGCUUUUGGAAUAAGUCUUCUUUUCAUGCCAGGCUUCUGAUUUGCUCUAGAAUUGCUUUGAAAGGCAAGAGACCUUGUUUUCUUUUAUCCAUGGAGUUCUCAUUCCCAUUUUUUCAUGGAAAGAUAACAAGGAGAACCUGUGAAGAGCUGCUGAGCAAGAAGAAAAAGAAUGGCAGCUAUUUAAUACGGGAGAGUGAGAGUGUGGAAGGAGCCUUGUGUCUCUGUGUUUUCUUUGAGGACCUCAUCUACACUUACCGAAUCUUCAGGGAACACCAAGGAUAUUUUAGAAUACAGACUUCUGAAGGUGUUCCAGAGAGGACGUUCAAAACGUUAAAGGACUUAAUAUACGCUUUCGAAAAGCCAAAUCAAGGACUGAUAACAAAUCUCCGCUACCCAGUGAAGAAACCAAAGGCUUUGAGAAGAAGCCAGAGGAUCAAGUCAGGAAUGGACAACAUUUAUGAUGAAGCUGAUGACAGCGAUGGUUACGUCACUGUCUUACCCUGAAGGAUCUGCACCUGACAGUUUGGGAAGCGGCCAUUCCAAGAUGUGCCUCAGUGCAGUGCCUCAGCCAGGGAGAGCUUCCAGCUGGGUGUCCUCUGCUCUGGAUCUGGAAUUAGCCUCCUCCUUUUGCAGACUGUCAGAGUAGCUGUAUUUUCUACCAGUAGAUCCAGUACAAGCUAUUGUGCAUUUUUGCUCAGCAAUGAAAGAAUUACUUUUUGUUAUAGACACAUAACAUACACAUGUACGUAUGGGGAAAGGUAUCUUGUGUCCAUGUAUGUGUCUUUGGUGGUUUUUAGCCAGCAAAUUGUCCAAGAUGUUGACUCCUAGAGAGAACAUUCUGUUAGAAAGCAGCAAUAUAAAUACAUCAAAUGAAUGGGCAUAAAGCAGUGAUUAAUGGCAGAAUUGAUACGUGUUGAUAAAAAUAUAUGACAAAUUAUUGGCAUCAUAAGAUGCUUUAAAACCUCCAAACUCUGUUAUUUUGCACAUGAUUCAAGUUACCUCAUUGCUGGAGGAGUGGAUAGUAUUUCAGCAAUGUCAAGGAAUACUAGUAGUCUGUAGUUUGAAUAAUGCAAAUUGAAACAAAAAAGCUGCGUUAAAUCCAUGCCAUAAAAAAGUAAUCAACCAGAGGAAAAUGGUUUGAAAUACUUUUAAUGCUGAGAAAUGGUUCUGGCACCUUACAAGAGGAGUGCAAGUUCUACAUGCAUGUCAGCAUGAACACAUUCUGUUUUUAAUAGGCUCUGUACAUAUGGGAAUGCUUACUCCAUUUCAUCUGCUACAGCCUUUAGUUCUUUAUUAUGUGUAUGUCUUUUGUAAUGUAAGAAUUUGCUUUAAUAUUACCCCUAGUUUUAAAUAUUUAAUUAAUACUUUAGUUCUGAAGGUAGCCUGCAAUCUUCACACAGCCAGAACUGGAAUAUAUGUCCUGAGUCUUCCGGACACUACUACAGACUCCCUCACCAUUUGAGACUGAAGAAGAGAUUUGUAUUGGUUGUGUGUUUAAGACCCUUCACGAAUUAUUUAUGUAUUUUAAUGGGUAAUACUAGUUAGAUUUUUUUCUAUUAUGUUUCUCUCACACCAUUAUUUGUCAAAGGAAUUUUAGACCUUUCAGUGCUUUGGAGUUCAUUAUGAAUUUAAGAGUGCUGUAGAGUUUUUGGCUCCAGGUUCAACUAAUAUUUGUAGCAUGAAGGAGACCCAAAAAAUGAGGCUAUUAAUUAACCCGAGCAAUGACAAGAAAUACUAAAAUGUGUAUCCAAAACUUCAUUAAUUGAAAAGAAAGGAGUUGUCCAUGAAAAAUGGUAUUAUGAGACAUAAACAUCCCAGCCCUUGCUCUGUAGAAGCACAGAACUGAUGUGUCAGUAAAUUCUUUAUCUGCAGAAUCGAGCAGCCUGUCUGAUAGCAGAUUAUCACAGGUACCAGACUGAGGAACUGCUCUGCUGAGACACCCCACCUACAGCAGCACGGUCCUUAACAGAGCACAACACUGUAGUUUUUCUGAAAUGACAGUCUCAGCAGUCUUCCAGGUGCUCACUCAGUCACACUGAUGUUCAGCCUUGGGAAAAGGCCGAGUGACAAGGAAUCCCUGCCUGUGCCUCACGGUGCCUACCGAGUGACUGUGAUGGCUGAGCAGGGGACAAGGGCUGGGCUGUGGUGCCUUUCAGCUGGCACUUGACAGCGUGUUUUGGACUCGGAUUUACAACAGUCAUGGUGGCUGCAGCUCCUGGUGUGGCAUCCAGGACUGAGGGUGACUCCAAGCCCACGCCCCAGUCACUUCUCCAGCGUUCCCUUGCGGCAGUCAUGUGAAGGAGGAGACACGAGAAGGAUCAAGGACUUACAAGAGGAAAAAGAGACACAAUGACAUUUACAUUACAUUCCUAUUACUCGCCUGUGCUUUACAGCAAUAUUUGUCCUAUUAACAGUAUAGGAAAAUGAGGCAAAUGUAGACGUUCCUACACAUAUUUGCAGGCCUAAUAUGGCAGAAAACAACCCGUGCACGAGUUGAGAAGACAUUUUCAAAAGCUUCACGCAGCAGCAUCUACUUGCCGACAUCCGAAAGGUUAUCUCUGGACUGAAGCUUACCCGUUUUUUUGCUUCAAACCAGAUUCUACCAAGUGAAUGUCUCAGUUGCCUUGUAGAGC